GAAAAAGAAAAGAGGAACAAAUGCAAAUGCUCGCUACAAGCUAAGUCUUGCAGCAAAGCGAAACAGAAAAUUUCGCCAUAAAAGAGCAGCGAAGGUAAUUCAAUGAAGUGUUGGGGCUCAAAAGGCAGAUGUUUCUUCAAAUCUUCAUCGACGAGCCUUCCUCCUGCGCGUCUAUGAACUCGGAUUCGUUUAUUCAUUCGUAAGUUUUAAGCUUUGUAAUGUCCAAAUGACAAAUGCAGAUUGAAUUAUGGCUUUAUCCUGCGCAUUGCCGACCAUUCCGAGCAAUUGGGUUCACAAAGAGGCUAAGAUUUAUAAGGGUUUUGCCGGUUCUGGGGAUUUAAUUGGUUCGCAUUCGAGGCAGGCGGCUGAUUUUCUUACCACUCGCCACGCCUUUUGGAAUUGGAGAUUGAAUGCUGUCGGCAUUGAUUCCAAAACCAACUCCCAAGCUCAUGCUCCCACCGUUCAUGACAGAGCCCCCAAUUCCGCCGCUACCCUUGAAAUCCCCGUUACUUGUUACCAGCUUAUUGGUGUUCCAGAUCAAUCUGAAAAAGAUGAGAUUGUUAAAUCAGUAAUGGAUUUAAGAAAUUCUGAAAUUGAAGAAGGUUACUCCAUUGAUGCUAUUGCAUCUCGCCAGGAUCUUUUAAUGGAUGUGAGAGAUAAGCUUCUAUUUGAACCACAUUAUGCUGGUAAUAUGAAGGAAAACAUCCCACCUAAGUCUUCCAUUCGAGUUCCUUGGGCUUGGUUGCCAGGUGCUCUUUGCCUUCUUCAAGAGGUCGGAGAAGCAAAAAUUGUGCUUGACAUUGGACAAACAGUUGUUCAAUGUCCGAUGGCUAAGCCUUAUAUCCAUGACAUACUGCUUUCCAUGGCCUUAGCGGAGUGUGCAAUUGCAAAGAUUGGUUUUGAGAAGAACAUGGUGUCUCAAGGAUUUGAAGCUCUUGCACGUGCUCAAUAUCUACUCAGAAGUCAAACAUCUCUUGGGAAACUAAAAUUAUUAUAUCAGAUUGAAGAAUCUUUGGAGGAACUUGCACCUGCUUGCACAUUGGAGUUGUUGGGUAUGGCUAACUUACCUGCGAAUACUGAACGGAGAGCAGGAGCAAUUGCAGCAUUACGUGAAUUGCUGAGACAGGGCCUUGAUGUGGAAACAUCAUGCCAGGUUCAAGAUUGGCCGUGCUUCUUAAGCCAAGCACUUGGUAGACUAAUGGCUGCAGAGAUAGUUGAUCUUCUUCCAUGGGGUGACUUAGCCCUUGUAAGAAAGAAUAAAAAAUCAAUCGAGUCACAGAACCAAAGGGUUGUGGUUGAUUUUAAUUGCUUCUAUAUGGCUUUUAAAGCUCACCUGGCCCUUGGGUUUUCAAGCAGGCAAACAGAGUUGAUUGAAAAAGCAAAAACCAUAUGUGAAUGUCUUAUAGCAUCAGAGGGUGUAGAUCUGAAACUUGAGGAGGCUUUUUGUGUUUUCCUUCUCGGUCAGUGCAGUGAUGCUGAGGUUUUUGAAAAGCUUGAGCAGUCCACUUUGAAUUCAAAACAAGCUAUGGCUACUCGAUUCUCAAAUUCCGGAAUGGAGAAAAAGAAUGCAGAGAACACAUAUCAAUUGUUGGAAAUAUGGUUAAAGGAUGCUGUACUUGGUGGCUUUAAAGAUACGCAGGAUUGCUCUCUGACUCUGGUUAGUUUUUUCCAUGGUGAGAAGAAAACGGUUGCAAAGAAGAAAAUUAACCAUUCUCAACCGAGCAUAGUUCACACGAAUAACAGGCCCAUAUCCUCUUCCUCUGUAUCAGAGUGGAGGGAUAUUGAGGACUCUUUUCCUUAUUUGAAUUCUUCCCAGAAUCUUGGGAAUAUCGUUAGACGGUUAACUCCUACUAAUCUGCCAAGUCAAUUAGGAACAGAAAAAAAAAAGAGUGAUCCAAACUCAUCAUCUGUUCAAUUGAAAAGGGACCUUCGCACAAACAAAUGGAAAAUUUCAGAAUUAUGGUUGCCUAGGUACAGUUUCGUCAAGAACGUGAGAGCUCUUGUAGUAGUUGGAUGUAUUAGUUUUGCUUGCUUCAAGCUAACGAGCACAAUGAUAAAUAUGAAAUUUGCUUCUACAUGGACUCCACAUAAAGCAAGCCUGAAUUCGAGCACUCUUUUAAGCAAUGUGGAUUUGUCUGUGGAUAAUGUUAUAGCACCUGCAGAUAUGAAGAGCAGUACAAGUCUCAGUAGUCUCAAACGGCUUUUGUCAAGGUUAAUGAGGAAGGGCAGGAACUUAUCAGGCACUUGUGAUAUGCAAGUCCAACAUACUGAUAUUAGUCUGUCAUCUCCGGUUACAGCUACAUACCAGAAGCUGAUGUCUGUUGAUGAAGCUGAAGCCCUUGUGAUGCUAUGGCAAUCGAUUAAAGCUGAAGCUUUGGGACCUAACUAUCAAGUUUAUAGACUUGCUGAAAUUCUUGAUGGAACAAUGCUUUCCCAGUGGCAAGCACUAGCUGAUGCUGCACAAGCCAAAUCAUGCUAUUGGAAGUUUGUUUUGCUGCAAUUGUCUGUCCUACGAGCUGAACUUUUGUCAGAUAAGUUUGGAGCAAUGACAAUAGAAAUUGAGGUUCAUUUAGAGGAAGCAGCUGAGCUUGUCAACGAAGCUGAACCAAAGAACCCAAGCUAUUAUAGCAAUUAUAAAGUUCGUUAUGUGGUAAAGAGGCAAGAGGAUGGUUCUUGGAAGUUCUGCGAAGGCGAUAUACUAGCAUCAAUUUAGUAUCUCCAGAAAAGAUUAGACACACAAUUAGAGAAAUUUGUUCAAUGGAUCUCUUGAAGAAGGAAAAAGAAAAAAAGAUGCAAAAUUCUUUCUACAAGAAAUUUGCACUAAUACCAUGCCCAUGGGGGUUGUAAUAUUUUAUGGAUAUAUGCACUUUCCGCUUGUAAGUAUUUGAUUCUUUAGUCGAUAAUAACAUUCAAGUUUAGCAUACAUGCA